CGUUCUUUUUAUCUUCCGCAGCAGCUCCGCCUCGGCGUCCGUUAUCGCCGUCCCCUCCGCCUCUCUUGCUCUCCUCGGCUCCGAUACCCUCGCGAUCUUUCAAGAUCUUAGGGUUUCUGCUCGACCGUGCGCUGAUCCUUUCGCCGAUCCAGCUUUCAAGGACUCAACUGAGGUAUAUCGUCUACAUAAAAAAUGUCUCGUAAAGGAUUAAUGGAGCAAGACUUGAGUAAACUUGAUGUGACAAAACUUCACCCACUGUCGCCAGAAGUUAUCUCACGUCAGGCUACCAUUAACAUUGGUACCAUUGGUCAUGUGGCUCAUGGAAAGUCAACUGUUGUAAAAGCAAUAUCCGGUGUACAGACUGUUCGCUUCAAGAAUGAGUUGGAGCGCAAUAUCACCAUCAAGCUGGGAUAUGCCAAUGCAAAAAUAUAUAAAUGUGAAGAUGAUAGAUGCCCACGACCUAUGUGUUACAAGGCUUAUGGAAGUGGAAAAGAAGACAGUCCUCCAUGUGAUGUUCCAGGGUUUGAGAACACUAGGAUGAAACUUCUAAGACAUGUUUCUUUUGUGGAUUGCCCGGGCCAUGAUAUUCUUAUGGCUACUAUGCUUAAUGGUGCUGCAAUUAUGGAUGGAGCCUUACUUCUUAUAGCUGGAAAUGAGAGUUGCCCACAGCCUCAAACGUCUGAACAUCUGGCUGCUGUUGAAAUCAUGCGUCUGCAACAUAUUAUUAUUUUACAAAAUAAGAUCGAUCUAAUCCAGGAAAGUGCUGCAAUUAAUCAACAUGAAGCAAUCCAGAAGUUUAUUCAGGGUACUAUUGCUGAUGGAGCUCCUGUGGUGCCAAUAUCUGCUCAAUUGAAAUAUAAUAUUGACGUUGUCUGCGAGUAUCUUGUUAAGAAAAUCCCUAUUCCAGAGAGAAACUUUAUUUCACCUCCAAACAUGAUUGUCAUCCGUUCUUUUGAUGUGAACAAGCCCGGCUCUGAGGUUGAUGAGAUAAAAGGUGGUGUUGCAGGUGGAAGCAUCCUUAGGGGUGUUUUAAAGGUGAACCAGUUUAUUGAAGUUCGUCCUGGUAUCGUUGUUAAAGAUGAGAGUGGGAAUAUAAAGUGCACCCCUAUAUACUCGAGGAUUGUUUCACUAUAUGCUGAACAAAAUGAGCUUCAAUUUGCCGUGCCCGGGGGGCUCAUUGGUGUAGGCACUACAAUGGAUCCCACAUUAACUCGUGCUGAUAGGCUGGUAGGUCAGGUUCUUGGUGAAGUUGGUUCGCUGCCUGAUGUCUUUGUUGAGCUGGAGGUGAACUUUUUUCUCCUCCGGAGGCUUUUGGGUGUCAGGACAAAAGGGACAGAGAAACAAGGGAAGGUGUCUAAGCUGACGAAGGGCGAAAUCCUGAUGCUCAACAUAGGAUCUAUGUCCACGGGGGCUCGAGUCGUUGCUGUGAAGAAUGAUCUGGCGAAGCUGCAGCUUACUGCACCGGUGUGCACAAGCAAAGGGGAGAAGAUUGCCCUGAGCCGGCGUGUUGAGAAGCACUGGCGUCUUAUCGGCUGGGGCCAGAUUCAGGCUGGCGGAACCCUGGAAGUCCCACCCUGCCCCAUCUGAGACAACGCUGUGUGUGGAGAGGCCAUGUGGGAAGGCAGGGAACUUCUGGGGACUAUUUAUCUGAGAUGGAGGAGAAAACGUGUAUCUUCUAGUGAUGUUAAAACUCGAGACUUUCUUUUUUCAGUUCAUCUGCUUGGGGCUUUUUGAGGUGAAGGUAUGAUGUUGGAAAAUAUGUGACAUUUAUUCUAAUAAGAAUAUUAGUUUUACAUCUAAAA